AUGGCUAGAUCAAAAUGCUCUGAAGAAGAGCAAAGCCGCCUCCGGCUGCGCUACGAUCUCGUUGCCAUAGAUUUUCCCGAAAUCCUCGCCAAAAAGCCAACCAUUCGGACAGCGAAGAAUCCCCAGAAUGGGAUCACCUUGAAACUCGAGAAAGAAGUCAACGACGCAAACGUGCCAGGUGGAGUUAUCGGGGUCAAGAGUCGUGCAAUCUGGCGACAGUGCGUAGGCUCCCGUGAGGGCCUGUCCGUCGACGGCGUCACUGCCAAACGCGCUGCUGACAUAGCUUGCGUGGAGAAGUGGAUGAGGAACUACCUCCAGCGGGACGAGGUUAAUGCUGAUGACGAGACACGGAUAAUAGAGUUUUACGGAUUGGAAAGGAAGCUGGGCUACCCUGGUCAUCCUCUGCAAACUGAGAGACCGGACGGCGAUGCAGGAGAGGGUAGUGCUGAAGGAGAGAAUGCCCUUAGGCUCGACGUGACGGCCGACUCUGUCGACGACAUGAAACCUGCUGUUGGCUUGAAGCGCAGAUUUUCGCCAUCCAUCCAUGAUUGGCUUGAGAAAACCGGACCCGUGCUGCCCGAGGACUCCAAAGCAGGAGUAAAAAAGGAGGAGAUCGUUGAUUUGUCGCUGAUUCAGACAGCAAGUGGGGGCAGUACCCAGCACCUUAACACCAAUAUGGUCCCGGAGAGCUCUUCACCUUCUGGGACUAAGCGUACCAAGAUGAUCUCAGUAAGGCGUUCCGGGGUUUCCAGAGGCACGACGGUCAAACCUAAAGCACAAGCUAGAAAGGGGGUGUUUGAACUCCGCAGUGUCUUUCCUAGCUACAUACCCUAG